AUGCGGACUCUCGCCAUACUACUCGUCGCGAUCUUCGCCGUCAAUGUUCAAUCCGCACGCAUUCUCGGACUUUUCCCGCACACCGGCAAAAGCCACCAAAUGGUAUUCGAUCCUCUACUAAGAACUUUGGCAGAAAGAGGACAUGAUGUGACUGUAGUGUCAUUCUUCCCCAUCAAGAAUCCUCCUGCUAAUUAUACCAUCGUCAGCUUAGAAGGGCUCGCUGCACAAGGAGUGGAAACCAUCGACCUGUCAUACUUCGACAGCCAAAACAAGCUGCUCAAUACUCUAGGUAUUGAAAAAGUUAUCAAACAAAUCCUGGACUUCCAACCGCUGGCGGACAUGGCUACUGGGAUUUGUUCGAAUAUUGUGGAUUUCGUGCCCUUAUCUAACGCUAUGAAGAAAAGUUACGAUGUUAUUCUUGUGGAAAAUUUCAACAGUGAUUGCAUGCUCGGUCUUAUGCAUGUGCACGGGUUGAAGGCGCCUUACAUAUCGCUGUCUUCGAGUGCAAUGAUGCAGUGGUCUGCGGACCGUAUAGGCGUUAAUGAUAACCCUUCUUACGUGCCACUCGUAAGUUCUGAGUUCACAUCCCAGAUGACCUUCCUGCAACGAUUAGAGAACACGAUAUUGAAUGUGUACUAUAAGACGUGGUUCCGAUACGCGAUACAAAUGAAAGAAAAGGCGAUUAUUGAGAAGCGUUUCGGAAGGAGGAUUCCGGACCUGCAGGAGAUUGCGAAGAACGUGAGCAUGAUGUUGGUGAAUACGUUCCACAGUCUGAAUGGUGUUCGUCCUCUAUUGCCUGGUGUGGUUGAAGUUGGAGGAAUGCACUUGGACCACAGCAGGAAACCGAUACCGCAUUACAUCGAGCGAUUUUUGAACGAGUCUGAACAUGGUGUGGUGCUCUUCAGCUGGGGUUCAUUGAUCAAGACAGCAAGUAUACCAAAGUACAAAGAGGAAAUCAUCGUGAACGCCCUAUCAAAGUUAAAGCAGAGAGUCAUCUGGAAAUACGAGAAUAGUAACGAGGAAGGAACACUAACCGGCAAUAUUUUGAAAGUCAAGUGGAUUCCUCAGUAUGAAUUGCUUCAACAUGAAAAAGUCAUUGCCUUCAUUGCCCAUGGAGGUCUUUUGGGUAUGACCGAGGCUAUAUCUGCCGGUAAACCGAUGCUCAUCGUGCCGUUCUAUGGAGACCAGAUGGUCAACGGGGCAGCGGCUACGACUAUAGGCCUUGGGAAGGCCAUUUCUUACGCCGAUAUGUCGGAGAAGUCCUUACUAGAAGGAUUGCAGAGUGUAUUGAGUCCUGAAAUGCGGAUGAGCGCGCGUCGAGCUUCGAAGAUUUGGCAAGACAGGAUAGCAGAUCCCUUGGAGACCGCUGUAUACUGGGUCGAGAGGGUCAUACGAUGGGGGCACCAGGAUCCCUUGCACUCCACCUCCAAAGAUAUGGGCUUCAUAGAGUAUAACUUAUUAGAUGUAGCAGCUGUGAUCUUACUUAGUUUCAUAUUUUUAAUUCUAGUUCUAAGGAUAGUAUUAAACCAAAUUCUACGGCUUUUCGGAGCUGGUACGAGUAAGAAGGAGAAGUUGCAUUAG